UUAAUAAAUCGAGGACAUAGGGCUGUGCUUAGAAAAAGGCCCAUCAAGGGUAGGAAAUUACUGGUGGUGAGAGUGUGCACAUCAUGCAAAUGCCAGUGCUACUUUCUUGCAAUAGCAUCACCACCUCAACUAUCAAAAACAACCGUUAAGCUAUAUGGGUGUGGUGGCUCUUGCGUUCUCUCCAUUUCAUUUUAAAACCCAUUGCUCCUCCAACAACUCCAUUUCUACCACCGUCCGCCCUGCUAUCAUUCUUCCAGGUUUAGGUAAUAACACUGGAGAUUAUCAGAAGUUGGAAGUUACACUGAAUGAGUAUAGAGUGCCAACAGUUGUCGCUAAGGUGUCAAGAUUUGAUUGGUUCAGAAAUGCUGCUGGUUUGGUGGACCCCAACUACUGGCGUGGCACUCUCCAGCCUCGGCCUGUUCUUGAUUGGUAUUUGAAGAGGGUAGAUGAGGCAGUUCGGGAGGCAAAGGAGCUGGCACAAGGUGGAAGCUUAUCUCUAAUUGGCCACUCAGCCGGAGGAUGGCUUGCACGUGUCUACAUGGAAGAAUUCGGGCCGUCUGACAUCUCCUUGCUGUUAACCCUGGGUACUCCCCACUUGCCACCUCCAAAAGGAGUGCCAGGGGUUAUUGAUCAAACAAGAGGUCUCCUUUAUUAUGUCGAAAAACAUUGCAAGGAAGCUGUUUACACUCCUGACUUGAAAUAUGUAUGUAUUGCAGGGAGGUAUAUUCAAGGGGCUCGCUUUGUUGGGAGCUCAACUGCACAAGUUAAUUCCGUAAUUGCCAGUGACCAACCGACUGCGGAAGCUGCUCUUGUGAAUGAGACAAGCAACUCAACAUCUAUGGCAACUACCUUUCGCGCUCGCUUUGUUGGGCAAGGGUAUAAGCAGUGCGAUGAUGAGAUGCUGCUUUAUGCAGGUAUGCGGACAGGCAGAUGUCUGGGGUGAUGGAGUGGUGCCAGAGGUAUCAGCCCAUCUUCAGGGUGCACUCAACAUUAGCUUGGAUGGCGUAUACCACUCACCAGUUGGUUCAGAUGAUGAGCUGAGACCCUGGUAUGGUUCCCCUGCUGUUGUUGAGCAAUGGAUACAACAUCUGCUCAACUAAAAGUUACUACACACUAUAAAAGAAUGGAAGAUUAAUACACUUCAGGUUCUAUGCCAAAAUUUAAUUUCUCAGUAAAUGCGUUGCGUACAAACUCCUUUUGAUGUUUAUUCUAUUCUAUUAAAACAAAUUACUAGAGCAACUUCCGUUGUCACUCCUGAUUAUCUAAUCUAGAAGCUUCACAGUUCUUACGGCGGUAAAUUAAA